CAGCUUCCCCACCCUUCCUGCGCGAGCAGGGCUCCCUACGCCAAGGAAUGCAGGAGUCACUGGCAGGGGAGCCAGCGCCGCGCCGGCAAGGAGCCCCAAGCCACGGUGAGCCACGGGCCCGUCACGGCGGGAACGGCCACGUGGGAACAGCCCCGGCAGGCGGCACCCCUCGCCGCGUCGGUGCUGCCCCGGGGCCAGACCACGCACAGGGGCCCUGAAAUCACAGACGCGGCAAAGCACGUGCUGGGUUCAACCCCAAUUCCCAGCACAGGGCCGGUAAGGGUUAACUGGCAGCGGUGAGCUCAGCUUGGGGCCAGUAAAUGGAGCAACUCUUGGCCUCAGGGAGUGUUUGGGACUGGCUGGGUGGUGCUGCCCAGCCAGCUGGGGCAGUCACGGUGUGGAAAGUACCAGCAUCGACGAGCUGUGCCGCGGGGCAGUGCACAGGUGAGCUGGACAUGGGGCCUGACCCUGGCCCACAGCACCAGAGCAGCCCAGCAUGGGGGCUCAGCCCCGCCAAGGGACGUGGGCAUGGAGAAUGCCCAAGGCUGGGGCUUCCACAGGGCUGAGCAUCCCCUGUGUGGCUCCCAAGACCUGCUGCAGAGCAUCCCUGUCCCAGCUCCUCCAUCCGCUGCUGAGCAUCCCUGUCCCAACUCCUGCCCUCAGAUCCCAGCAGGUUUCAGCCCCUCUCUUCCUCCCCUCCAGCUGUCCCAGUCUCCUCCAGCCACACUGCUUGUCUCCUCCGCUGUGCUGAGCAUGACCCAGGGUGUGCUGCCCCUGUUGCUGCCGUGCCACAGUGUCCCCAUGCAGUGAGCCAUGGCCUGGAGCACGAGCCAGGUCUCUGCACUGAAUUUCAGCAGUGCCACUGGCACCAGCGUGAGCUUGGUGGGUGCCAUGGUCCCCACAUGGCUGCAUCCCUGUGCCCGCUUGCUGAGGGGGCAGGACCGGAGGAGGGAUCUGCAGGAGCUUAAGCCCAUGGACAAACCACACCUUUAAGCUCUUCCAAUUGCCCUGAGUCCUGCCCCAAGACCCAAAUCCUUUCGGGACCUGCAUGGGGCCAAGUUGGCACUUCCAUGCAGCCAUGGUGCUCAGCCAUGUUCCUGCAGGGUCACAGGCAGCCUUUUCCCACCAGCCACACUCAUCCCGCCAGUGCCCACAUCAGGGUGGCCACUGGGCACCAUGGGGUCCACAGCCCCCCUGAUCCCUGCUCUGCUGCUCCGGGUGCCCCAAGGGUGUGCUGGUGCCUCCUGCCCACGGUGCCUGCAGUGACCCCCCGGCCCGGGUCCGGCUGGAUGGGAGGCCAUACCAUGGUGAUGCUUAAUUACCAGGUAGGGAGUGGAGCAGGGCGGCAUCGCUCACGCACAGCUUGGAGCCACUCAGUCAUCCCAAAGGCAUCCGCCCCACAGGGAGGAGCACCCCAGCCCAGCAUGUAAAAGCAGCCCCGCACGGCCGGCUGCCUUGUCGCCUCGGAGCCUCCUCUGCUCCCGCUCCUCCUCACCACCCGGCACGGCUGCAGCGUCAUGGCAGGGCACGGCGCCAGCCUGCUCCUGCUCCUGGGUCUCAUGCCAGCUCUCCUCCUGGCUGUCAGGAUCAACAGCAAGGGCCGGGAAGUGCUGUACCUGGCCAAGGGUGACUCGGUGAAGCUGGGCUGCCCCUAUGUCCUCGAGCCUGAAGACAACGGUCCCCAGGGUGUGGGCAUCGAGUGGAUCCAGAUCACGCCCGAGCGGCCCGGACCGGAGAAUGUGUUCCUGUCUUACCACGACCACCACGUCAACUACGGCAGUGGCUCAGGGCUGCAGGACCGGGUAGCCUUCGUGCAGAACGACCCCAGCCAGUACGACGCCUCCAUCCGCCUGGCCGACCUGCAGGUCUCCGACACUGGCACCUACCAGUGCCGGGUGAAGAAAAAUACCGUGGCCGUGCACGAGGUCAUCGUCACUGUGCAAGAGAAGCCAGCCACCCCGCAGUGCUGGACCGAGGGGGAGGUGAUAGAGGGGAGCAGCAUCCUGCUGCGGUGCUACAGCCGGGGAGGCACCUCCCCGCUUGCCUACCAGUGGGCCAAGCUGGCUGAUGGCUACGGCGGGGGACGCCUGCCCUCUGGCACCAUCCAAGGACGUGCUCCUGGCGACCUGUUAAUCCGUAGCCUGUCGGAGGUGCACGCCGGCAUCUACCAGUGCCGCGUCACCAACCGCGUGGGCUACUCUGUGUGCCAGCUCAACCUCAGUCUUGGGCCAAGCUGUGCUCCCGCGGCAGGAGGAAGGCAGGCGGGCAUCAUCGUGGGCUCUAUCCUGGGGUCCCUCCUGCUCCUCAGCCUGCUCGGGCUCCUCAUCUGGGCGCUGAUCUGCCGCUACCGCCGGAAGGAGUGCCAGCGAGCCUGCAGCGACUGCAGGAGCAGCACAGGUGGCACUAUGACCCGCACCUGCAAUGUCUGUGCCCACCACAGCUACUCACCCCACGGCAUCAGCUACAUGCAGUGCCAGCACAGCGACGGCGACGAGCGGGCAGCUGCCCUCAUGUGCAAUGAGGGCAUCCGGCACCAGGUCGCCUGCCCGGCGCUGUAACCCCCCACUGGCCCCGUGCCCACCCCCGAUUCGGCUCCACAGGGGGAGUGACUGCGAGCCCAGAGCCAGCAGCACCGCCGGGAUCCGGUGCCAAGCGGCGCAGGGCUGUGCUGCCGGGGCUCGCCGUGCAAAUUGAAGUCAGGAAUCCAGCUCCUUCCUCCCCCCUGAAACAGCCCCGGGCUUCCAGCAAACUUCGUUUGGGUUCAUCAGUCUGUUUUGUUGGUUUUCUUUUUUUUUGGCCUCUUUUUUGUAUGUCCCCCCCACCCCCAGCCACAGCCCGGCUCUCGGGGCGGCUCCCGGCCCCGCUCCUGGAGGCAUCCUUCGCUAGUGCAGCAAUAUUUAUUUCUCUCCGGCCUGUCCCCUCGGCGUCGAGCAGGGACGUGGCAGCCCCGAAUUGCCCAAACUGGCUGCCGGGCAGCCUCCCGCCUCUGGCCCGGCGCCACCGGUGCCCCCACAUUGACUUUAGCAAUUGGGUGUUAUUCGAGACGAGAUGCCAUUGGCACCAGGAUUUGCAGUUUGGAACAAGAAAAAAAUGAAAAGAAAUAAACUAAAGUGAAUUCA